CCUGAAUGCGCUGGAGAGCGGCACGGAGAGGGAGCCUUGAUCCCGAAAGUUGGCGGGGCCGCCGGGGCGGCCUCCCUCCCGCUCUCCCACUGUGUCCCGUUUCCUAAUACCAUCGCCAUCCCCGUCUUCUCAUCAAUCAUCACCUAACCGUGCAUUUCAUCCUUGCCCUUUUCCACCAUGUGUCUGAUGCACAUAUGGAUAGCGCCGGGCAUGGGCACUUGUGCGACCGGGUCGCAUCGAACGUUGCUGCCGAGCCGCUUGUCGCACUGCACAAACUCCUCUUGCUUCUUGCAGCCGCACGUGUAUUCGCGAUAAUACUGGAUGCACAUAAUGCCGGCUGUGCAUAAAGUUAGCCUUGCUUACUUUCUCGUGGGAAGGCGCUUGCUUCGUCUACUCACCGGGUGUAUUGCUUUGGGAGGUUUAUUGAGGGGGUUUAGGAUUCGGCUCGAAAACUACGCAAGAGAGGGUUUUUGUGUGUUGGGGCGUUGGAUGAUCGCGAGACCGCGGCACGCUUCCAAGUUGAGUCACAUGAGAACCUAAAUAUGUCUCUCGCCCCCACUGAGAAACGCUUCUCUCGAUCAAAACUCUGUAAAUUCACCG